AUGAAAUUCAAAUGCCACAGAAGCCAGGACAUCCAUUUUCUUAUAUGUGUAACAUGCUACUCAGUGGCGCACAAAUCAUGCCAAGAAAGACUCAAAAAUUGGAUACACUUAAAUGACCAUAAGAUGUACUGCUCAAGAGCCUGCCAGGAAGAUGCAAAAAUAAAUGAAAACCUUCUGGAAAAUGCCCAGUUAUUAAAGAAAGAAAAUGAAGAGCUGCUGCAGGCAUUGGAACAGAAAGAUAAUUACAUAAAGAGAACAAUAGCAAUAAAAGAACAAAUAAAUACGGAUGCCAUAGAGAUGGAAGAAUUCUUUACAAGACAACUGGAAGAAAGAAAAAGUCAAAUGAACCUGUUGGAAAGCCAAAAAAGUGAAUUACAGAGAACAAUAGUGUUGAUGCAAAAACCAAAAGCCAACUGUUCAACACAAACUACUACAAUAAAUAAAACCGACUCAUAUAUCCAAACGGAGUCAGCAAAAAUGGUGACAUCAGCAAGCCAAACGACGAUCGAAACUGAAACAGUAAUAAACACACAAGUAGGACAAACAGAGCAAGAGCAGGAAACCGCCUGUCAAACCACGAGAGCUCCGAUCGAGGAAACUACAAAUGAAAUAGAUUGUGAAGUAAAACCAGAGGAAGACAGUUUAUAUACUGAACUAUUAACAGCUCAACUAUUACGAAUACAAAUCGACAAAGAAAUACAAACAGCGGACUGCCAAAAAACUGGGUACAGCACAAAAGAAAUAAACACAACAGAGAGAGUGGUAGAAAAAGUCCCACAAAUCGUCAUUCUGGGUGACUAUACAAUAAAGGGAAGUAUGCAGAUUCUCAGAAGAUUGAGAAAUGAGAGAUAUGACACAAACUGUCAAUAUAAUCACAUCUCAAAUGAAGAGAUAAUUACUAAAAGUAGAGCACUUUCACAAAAUUUAUCCCUGAAAGACCAUAUAAUCAUAUUUUUAACACAAAAAGACAUAAUUAGAGGGAAAACUCUGACUCAAAAGCUACUCCAAGAAUUAAUAUUGACAGCCGAGCACACAAAUGUAUUAGUGGUGGGAUCAUUGUUUGCUAGAAAAGAAAAAAUUGCUCUAAAUAAAAUGAUACAAAACCAAAACGAUCAAACAAAACUCUACCUUUCAAACUUAAAUAUAGAUUUUGAAGAUCCAAAUAACAUACAGGAUUGCAAUUAUACAGGAAGAUUUGAUUGGAAAUUUAAUCUCAUGGUGAAAGUGUGCAAUAAAUAUAUAAACACAAAACAUCACGAUUUUAACAAAGAAGUGGAAAGAAGGCUUCAAGCGCUAACGAAAAAAGCACCGCAAACUAAAAGAGACAUAAACAUACUACAAAAUAUAACAAUAACACCAACAUACACAGAAAAAAAUAUCCCUCAAAACAAAACACAAACAAUGAAACAAAUAACAACAUCGACUCCAAAUAAAAAUUUUUGGAAGGCAAGGCAGAUAAGGCACUGGAGAUAA